UCCCUGUCUGCACUCAGCUAUAACAAAGAUCACCAUUAUUUUGGCAGGGCAGUGAGAGGUCUCUCCAAGCCCCCACCCAUCCUUCCCCAGAACCCUUAUGGAGUUAAAAGCGGAAUCUGUCUCGUGUUCAAUGGGGGAUCUUUCUCUCAAUCAUUUCUGAAUACAGUGUAGUUUUGUUCAAAGGCCUGGAAAAGUUUCACCCUCACUAACCCCUCCUCCCAAAUAGACUCAGUUACAUUAUUUAUCGUAUAAAAGAUCAGUUGUUCCCCGUUGGCAAAACUGGAACUAUGCAACUGGACAAAAUGUGCAACACAAAAUGGUUUAUAACACAAAUAGCUGUAGUUGUGCAACUGGGUUUUAGUUUCUAAUAUAUCACCGACGUAUUUAAAAAAAAAAAAAAAAAAAACCUAGAAGACAUUCGCGUCUUUGUAUAAUGUAUGGCUAUUAUUUAAUUCUAGUCGAGGAGGUGGAGUUAACCCCAUCUUUGUCACAGCUGUCUCCGCCCAUUACUGUACGUCAUCCGCGAGCGACAUUCUUACAUGUAAACAUCAUAUGAAACAUGGAGCACAGAGGAUUGGAUCUUGUGAAGGUCCAUGGUGGUGGAGGGUACGACUCUGACUUCAGUGAUGAGGAAGGACAGGCAGGAUCGGGUCAUGGAGUCAAAAGUUCACGUGAGGAGGAGCUGCUCCUGCAGAAACCGUUUCAGAAGGCAAAGCACAGCAAGGUGGCCCACAGGACCUUGGCUACACAGGAAUGGGACCGAGAGGAGGCCCAAAACAGGAGACAUCACCUAAUAUCAAUGAACGCUUUUGACCGGCACAAGAAGUUUGUCAGUGACUAUAUCUUGUACUACGGUGGGAAGAAGGAGGACUUGAGACGUUCCACGCACAAAGACAAGACCGACAUCGAUGUGGUACGGGAGAACCAUCGCUUCCUGUGGAGAGACGAAGAUGAGGAGGACAUGACAUGGGAGAAAGAACUGGCCAAGAAGUACUAUGAUAAGCUCUUCAAGGAGUACUGUAUUGCAGACCUAAGUAGAUACAAGGAGAACAAGUUUGGGUUCAGAUGGCGCACAGAACAAGAAGUCGUCUCGGGAAAAGGUCAGUUCCUGUGUGGCAACAAGCGCUGUGAGUUGCAGGAGGGCCUGAAGAGCUGGGAGGUGAACUUCGCCUACGUGGAGGUGGGCGAGAAGAGGAAUGCUCUGGUCAAACUGCGUUUGUGUCCAGAGUGCUCCUUCAAGCUCAACUAUCACCACAAGAGGAAGGAAGUGACGAAGAGGAAGAAGAGGCAGCGCUCGGACGGGGAGGGAGACGCAGACGCAGACGCACCACGGGUCAAGAGGUCAAAGUCGUCGAACUCGAAGAAGCACAAGAAACACAAGAAAAAGCACAAGAGGAGACGCAGAGAAUCAUCAUCAUCAGAUGACUCCCAAGUCUCCGAAAAAGAAACUGACAACAGAGAGGAGCAGGCAGAGGAGGGACCGUCGGAGUCGGACCACUGGAAGGGCCCCGCCCCAGAAACCGAACAGAAGUCCAGGGAGGAGGAGUUUGAUGACUACUUUGAGGACAUGUUUCUAUAAAGCAAGAAUGGAUGUUUUGUAUCAUAUUUGUGUUUAUUUCUACUCAUGACUGUAAUUAAAUUACUGAUACUUUCCA